UUCUAACAUUCUAGGGAAAGCAUUCUAGGGUAGAGCUCGAUUCCUGAGAGCUUUCUUCUUAGGAUCCCUCGUUCUCGUCCCUCGCUACCUUUUCCCUCUUGCGAGCCGUCGAUAUGGCGACAGCCAUUCUCCCUUGCGCGAGACCGCAUUUCGACCAGAGCCACGCACGGCUAACGAGCGGCCGCAUUGCGAAGCCGAGGAGAGAUGCAAUCAUUGUGUCGUCGUCGCUAGCUGCAGUACCCCCCUCCUUCGGCGCAGCUUCCGUUCCCGCUCGCCCGCUCUCCCUUCCUGCGUUCCUCCCCUCCAUGGCCGUUACAACUCUCGGCUUCUUCGCUCGGCUGCUGGGAGGCGACAAGAAGGAAGAAGCGGAAAGAGCGUCUCAAGGAAGAGGGGGUCGAGAUAGCGACGACGACAGUGAUGAUGACGACUCAGGGGGGGAGGAGGAGGAUGAGGAGGAGGAGGGGGUGUAUGGGGAGGUGGUACUGGUCGAGUCUACAGGGGAGGACGGCAUCAUCAGCAAGAUAGUGUUUUCAGCCGGGGGCGAGGUGGACGUGUAUGCGUUGGAGAGACUUUGUGAGAAGGUGGGGUGGCCGAAACGCCCCCCUGAGAAGGUGGAGGCGGCGCUGCGUAACAGUUACUUGGUUACCGCACUGCAUCUGGUUACCACUCCGCCGGGUGUGGCAGAGGGGGAGGGUGGCGAGAGAGAGCUGAUAGGCAUGGCGCGUGCCACGUCAGACCACACGUUCAACGCCACCAUCUGGGAUGUGCUGGUGGAUCCGAGAUUCCAGGGCCAAGGCUUGGGCAAGGCUCUAGUGGAGCAGACAGUUCGGGCUCUCUUGCGGCGAGAUAUCGGCAACAUCACCCUCUUUGCAGAUUCACAAGUUGUGGAGUUCUACAAGGGGAUGGGCUUUGAGGCGGAUCCAGAGGGAAUCAAGGCCAUGUUUUGGUAUCCAAGAUUCUAGAAGCUUUGCUUUGAUUGAACACUAGAUAUUUGCAUGUGAAUGGUACUGCCAUAAUUGGAUCUGCUUAACAUCCUAAUAUAAAUAGGUAGAAGCAUGUAAGGAGAGAUUUGUGCAAUUCAGCUUUUAGUAUGUUUGACUGGUACGUUUAUUGGAUAC